AUGCACCAACAACAAAUGGAGAAGAAGUUCAGUGAAGAACUGCCGGUUCAAAGCAACGCUCGGCCACGUAAGCAUUACGUUCGAUCACUACGACGUCGUUGGCAUCGCAGUUUUCGCUUGUUGAAACUGCGUCGUUUUAAACAUCAUCAUAGCCUCUCCUUGGAUUCGCAGACUCAAAACACGUCGUUGCAGCGGCUUCAAAAUGUCGAAAAGAGAGUCGUGAGGGUUUUGGAGCUGGCCGGAGGGGUCAUGGACGAACUGGCCAGCCCUACUGGUCCCAGAAAGGAAUUUAUCAACAACGAUUGUCGCGAGUUCAUGCAGUUGAUCAAGGAUAUUCAAGUGACAUUAAGGGAAGAAAUCAAAAGUGCAUGCGAGUACCGUCCUUUUGAAAAGUGUGAUUACAGGUCAAGAAUAUCCAAUGAAAUCUGUUGCAAAAAAUUAGAGUAUGUGAUGUUGCAGCUGGAUGGGAUGAAAAGAACCAUUGAUGAGUAUUAUCAAGUUGAAGUAUGAAACUGCAUGUGUUACCCAUUUGUAGGAUUAUAAAGGAAGAUUGGAUGCUCUGUGCUUCACCUUCGUGCCUUCGUGGCAUUGAAAUCUUGAGGAAUGCAAAGAUGACUUUUGAUUCGAAUCAAUGCUUCCUUUUGGGGUAAACCAUAGUUGUCAUCGGUGUAUACUGUUUUCAUUCCAAGCUGCUUGAAUACAAAAGCAUAGGGUGGAUAAUGGAAUUUUGAAUUUCUUUCUGAACCAUUUUACUUAAACUAUGCUGUCGCGAUAUGUCCACUGCAAAGUCAGGUGGUAGAUGGAUGUGAUUAUAUAUUAUUUUUGGACUAACAACUCCCCAAUUUUUCUACUAAUAUCUUGUGAUCUUGAGGUUGGUUUCUCUCUUAUGGAAA